AUGUCUCAACAAGGUGAAGGACGUGGAGGUCGUGGAGGCCGUGGAGGUGGUGAUCGUGGUGGACGCGGAGGACGUGGAGGAGGCGGUGGUGACCGUGGAGGAUACCAAGGAGGAGGCCGUGGUGGCGGUGGUGAUCGUGGAGGAUACCAAGGAGGAGGCCGCGGCGGACGUGGUGGAAGAGGAGGUGGUCGUGGUGGUCAUCAUGACAGAGACGUCGACGACGUUGCCCAGCACGUCGAGCAGGUCCACAUUCAAGAUGACCAAGGACAUCCAGGCUUUGGUGGUCGUGGUGGUGGUGGUCGCGGUGGCGGUGGUGACCGUGGCGACCGUGGAGGACGUGGUGGUCGCGGCGGCGGUGACCGUGGUGACCGUGGAGGACGUGGCGGUCGUGGUGGACGUGGAGGAUACCAAGGAGGAAGAGGUGAUGACGAUGAGUCCUCCCCUUCUUCAAGACAAGCACCCCAAGGUGCUUGGGGAGCUGCUCCACCCAGCCAGGCUAAAACAUCAACAACAUCAACUACAUCAACAUCAACAACAUCUACUACCAGCACUUCAUCAUCCGGUGCUAUUGUCCGUGCCCCAAGAGGACCACCAAGAGAUAGAAUCAAUGAUAACGAUGUCCAGGGUCUUGCCUUAAAGAAGAUCAUGGCAGCCAGAUACCCAUCCGUAUCAAUCAUGGUCAAUCAGUUCCUUCUGAACUUUACCAAAAAGCAACUAUUCCAAUACGCCAUUGACUUUACUCCACCUGUUGAUAACAGAUCAACCAAGUGGGAUAUCCUUAACAAGUACCCAGAGAUUGGCCUGUUCCAGUUCGAUGGUGUUGGAGUGCUCUACUCCACAGCCAAGAACCCAUCCAAGAACUAUACUACAGAUGGCCAACAGGUCACUGUUCAGUUUGUGAAGGAGAUCACCAACGACCACAAGUCAUUGAUCCACUUUUACAACAUCAUGUUCAAACGCUUCAUGAGAGACAUGGGAUUCUCGAUCAUUGGCAGACAGUACUUCAGCUCUCAAAAGAUCCACAGAAUCGAGAAGCACAACCUUGAGGUCUGGUCUGGUUUCUUCACCUCUAUCAAUGCAAUUGAGAAGGGCACCUCUCUGUUGGCCGAUGUAUCUUACAAGGUCGUCCGCACUGAGUCCCUCUUGCAACAGAUCGACAAUGCCUUCCAGGAUAAGAAGACCCGUCAAGACAUUGAGAACGACCUCAUUGGCAGCAUCAUCAUCACAAAGUACAACAACAAGACGUACAGAGUGUGUGGAAUCAACUGGAAUAUGUCCCCAAAGGACAAAUUCGAGUCGUCCACCGGCAUGAUCUCGUUCAUCGACUAUUACAAGAAGAACUAUCCCAACCACAAGAUCACCGAGGCCAACCAGCCACUGAUCAUCUCGGACGUCAAGCGUCGUGGUGUCGUCGAGACCGUCUACAUCAUCCCCGAACUCUCGUUCUUGACUGGUAUGAGCGAGGAGAUCACCAGCAACAGACACACAAUGCUGGAGUUGUCCAACUACACCAACGUCAGACCAGUUGAACGUCUCAACACCCUCAAUGGCUUCAUCCAGUCAUUGCUCACAAACGAAAAGAUUGCCAAGUCCACCGCAGACUGGGGCUUCCAGAUCCAGAACGCCAUGCCAGUGGAGGGCAGCAAGCUGCCAGACCCUGUAACUGUUCAGAACAUGAAGCAGCUGGCGGGCCAGAAGUGGAUCAUCCUGUCUGGCGACCGUGACAUGCAGAGCGUGAUGGGCUUCUCCAGGAAGUUGAUCUCUCUUUCUGGCCUCUCCAACCCAGACGUUAUCACAAUUGGCAAAGUGUUCCAGCCAAACAUCUGGACCGACGAGAUCCAGAAGAACCUAAACAAGGGCUAUCUGUUCUUCUUCUGUGUUGUCCCCAGCGGCCGGAAGGACGUAUACGACGCCAUCAAGAAGGCCACACUCACCAAGUACCGUGUGCUCACCCAGUGUGCCUUUGCCAGGACCCUUGACAAGGAGGGAACCUCGGUGGCCGUCAAGAUAACCCAGCAACUGAUCGCCAAGAUUGGUCGCAGCCCAUGGGUACUCAAGAACCCACAGUACCAGAUCCCCACGCACACUAUGAUCGUGGGCAUUGAUGUCGGUCACAACUCUGACCAACGUGGCAAGUCCGUAGUGGGCUUCUGUGCCUCGGUCAACGGAGACUACUCGUUGUACCACACAACUGCUAUCGUCCAGUCCACACCAGGCAAGGAGAUUGUCGAGUCACUCAAGCCAUCGAUGAAGAGUGCCCUCGCCGCCUACUAUAAGCAGAACAACCGUCUGCCAGAGAAUGUCAUUGUCUACCGUGAUGGUGUCGGAGAUGGUAUGCUUGACCUUGUGCGCAAGUUUGAGAUUGCCGCCAUCAAGGACGCCUUUGUCGAGACGCCCUCCAUCUGGGGUGUCCAUCCCAAGCUUCUCUACUGUGUCGUCAAGAAGAACACCAACACCAGAUUCUUCGACGUCAGGAAUGGCUACGACAACCCAACCGCCGGAACCUUGGUCGACAAGGGAUGCACGCACCAGGACUGGUACGACUUCUUCCUCGUGUCCCAGAGAGUGCACAAGGGCAGUGUCAAUCCAACCCAUUACCACGUCAUUUUGGAUGAGACUUCCAUCUCUGCAGACAACUUCUGUCUCUUCACCUACCACAUGUGCUAUCUCUACUACAACUUUGACAAGUCUGUUCGUGUCCCAGCCCCAUGCCAGUACGCCCACAAGCUUGCCUUCCUCAUUGGUAGACAUGUCCACAGCCAGGUCGCAGAGGAACUCAGUCUCAAUCUCUACUUCCUUUAA